AUGUAUGCUAUGAAUAGAUAUCCAAAAAUGCCGAAAGUGGCAUGGGAGAUUUCGAAGAGCGAAGAUAGUCCAUUAGAUGUGAACAAUGCUAUUAAUAUGAAUAAUGUUAAUAAAAAUAACUAUAUUUUCACUAAUGAAGUUGUUUUCGGUAGAAAUAAACCAGAGAGAACAGAGUAUAUGAUACGUCAAUUAGCUGUCUACUAUCGACACAUCUGUGAGAUAAUUAGAACAUGGACCAGUUCAGACGGCCUCUUGAUGGCAUUAAUACUCAUAAGCCGUAUGUUUCAUUUGGUGCAACUUUUACACAGAUUAAUCAUGGGAUUGACUCAAAAUUCAGGAAUAUUUCUUAUAACUGAAGUAGGAGAUUUGUUCAUCAUAUGGGGGAAUUUACCAUUAAUGACUGGUACUGCGUUUGUCUUCUUUACGAAUUUGGCCCAAACCACUAAGUUUAUAAAUAUUGUAACACGAAGAGAGAUGAUAAUAAAAAUAAUUUCUAACAGCGAUAAAGAUCUAAGGUCAGAAAAAAGUAUCAGAGGGCGUAAUAUUAUAGAAAGGUACCCAUAUAACAUAAAUAAAUCUCCAGCAUAUGAACUAACGUACAUGCACCAGGUAUUCUCGACAUUCUCUGUUGCACUAUUGAAUGUGAGUAAGGAUACCCUGGUAACCACGCUUAUAGCACAGUGCAGAUGUCGCUUACGCUUAGUAGGACUUCCUCUUAGAACUCUCAACAAUAAUAGACGAUUUACUGAGGUCAUCCAAUAUCACGUUACAACGUCUACGUCUAGAAGUGGAGUAACUAGAUAUAAA